AUGCCUCAAACACAACCUGUAGGACCGAGGGCACCAAAGGAUGAUUUCAUGAAGGCUCUGGGAUUGAGUACCACCGAUCCUCGCCACGAAGGCUACUAUCGGGCCAUGCGAGAGGAAGCAAUCGCCAUAUACAGCAGACUCAACUCCGACCAAAGCAGCCUGAUAGACGAAAAGCGUAAUGAUCAUUCAACACAGCCUCCUUACUUUUGGCAUCACAUCCGUCAAGAUCGUCGUCGGCAAGCAAUCAUCGACACAUGGCAACAAGCAAAACCAGGCACCAUUCAACGCACACUGUUCGAUCGAGGCGCAACAACCGGCGAGCAUGCUCCAAAUUGGGUGACUCUGUGGCUGCUAUACAGCGUCUUUCGAUCUCGGGAUAUCCGCAAUAAUCGCAAUCGGCGGGCUGGAGAAGGGGGUGGUGGCGGAGGUAAGAAUAGUUCUGGGUCCCACGAUUCUGCGAUUUUCGAUCCCGCCAGAGACAAAUACGUGCGUCGCUGA